AGGGAACCAGGUUGUGUUUAAAUGGAUUUCACCAUCUGUAAUACUGGAAGAUGGGAGGUGCUUCCACGUCAGCUGUCCGGAUACCUUGUCACAGUUAGAGUAUAAAGAUAGAACCUGGACCUGUCUUCCUACUACCACCCCCUCUGAUUCAAGAUAGAACCUGGACCCAUCUUCCUAUCACUGCACCCUCCACAACAAUUACAAUCAUUAUGAACGGACAUCCUGAUGCCUCCACGCCUCCAGCCAAGAAACCAAGGAUGACUUCAGGGGCCUAUGAACUGACAUUCUCCCAAGAAUCCAAUCACCAAGAGGAUCCCCAGUCAUGGCAGUUCUGGUCUGUAGAUGAGCUUGCAGAACAACUCACUCAGACCGGUUUACAGGAAUUGGCAGAAAAGUUCCAAGAGGAAGAAAUUGCAGGGAGACAUCUGCACUUUGUCUCUUAUGAAAGGUUAAAAGAAAUGGGGAUCAGAAAAAUGGGUACAAUCCUUGAUUUUGAGAAGUUCUUACAUGAUAUUGGAUGUAAGGCCAACAAAUGGAGUACCUAUCACCCAAAUACAAAGAUAUUCAAUGAUCCAAUCCAUGGCCACGUGGAGCUGCACCCGCUGUGUGUGAAGAUCAUUGACACACCACAGUUCCAGAGACUCCGUUUCAUCAAGCAACUCGGAGCUUGUUAUUUCGUCUUCCCUGGAGCAGCACACAACAGAUUUGAACACAGCAUUGGAGUUUGCCACCUGGCUGGGCAGCUGACACGGACAUUGCAGCGACGUCAGCCGGACCUGAUGAUCACUGACAAGGAUAUUCUGUGCGUGGAGAUCGCAGGGCUGUGUCAUGAUCUCGGACAUGGUCCCUUCUCACAUCUCUUUGAUCGGGAUUUUAUUCGUCUAGUGUCAGGAGCAGUUUGGAAGCAUGAAGACGCUUCUGUAGAAAUGUUUGAUCACUUGGUAAAGGAGAACAGCCUGGAAUCUGUGUUUGCACAGUUUGGUUUGACUGAAACUGACCGCAUCUUUAUCAAGGAACAAAUCAAGGGCCCCCCGGAAGAAGAACUUACGCAAACUGUUUAUCCUUACCAAGGAGAACCAAAGAAAAAAUUCCUGUAUGAAAUUGUUGCCAACAAGAGAAAUGGUAUUGAUGUUGACAAGUGGGAUUACUUUGCUCGAGAUUGUCACAUGCUGGGCAUUAAGAACAACUUUGAUCACAACCGCUUCAUGAAGUUUUCCCGGGUCAUCCCUGUUGAGGGGGUCAUGCAGAUCUGUGCUCGGGACAAGGAAGCAGGUUCGCUGUAUGAUAUGUUCCACACAAGGAGCUCGCUGCAUCGUCGGGCGUACCAACAUCGUGGCAACAAGAUUGUGGAGGCCAUGAUAGUGGAAGCGCUGAUCAAAGCUGAUGAUCAUAUCAAGAUACCAGGGAGAAAUGGGUCAAUGUUGAAGAUGUCUGAGUGUAUCAAGGACAUGGUGGCCUACACACGACUCACUGACCAUGUCCUGAAUCAGGUCAUGCUCUCCACGACACCAGAACUGGAGGCAUCUCGCAACAUCAUCAACAACAUCAUGUGUCGCAAACUGUAUAAAUGUGUCGGGCAGAGUCAGCCAUGUGCAGGCCGGAUCAUCAGUGGGGAUGACAUCCCACUGAUUCAGCGUCAACUGAUUGAGAGUAUGACUGAUGAUGACAAGGAGUCUGAGAUCACCCUGGAUAUUGAGGAUGUCGUCGUGCAUCUGGUGUACCUGGAUUACGGCAUGAAGGACAAGAAUCCAAUAGAAAAUGUCCGCUUCUAUAACAAGUCUGACCCAAACACAGCUGUGGAGGUCCGAAAGUCAGAGGUCUCACAAAUGCUCCCUGAGAAAUUUGCUGAGCAAAUGAUAUUGGUUUAUUGUAAAGACGCACAACAGAAGGCCAAACUUGGGAUAGCCGCUCGGUGCUUCGAGAACUGGUGCUCUCAACACAACAUGGAAUCCCCCAAGCAUUUUGGAUGGGAGCUGACUCCAGUUGUGAAACGUGGUGCCUCCCAGAACUCUGCAUCCACCCCCCAUCAAAGCCCGGAUGAAUUGAGAGAAGACACUCCCCAAAGUGCUGGGAAGUUCAAGCAGAGACUGUCAUUCUAGGGUGUUUGGGGCCCUAUCUUACCAGAACAGGUCUCUGAAUGAAUGAUAUAUUUAACUUUUUAAAUGCAUUGUUUCAUGAUACAAGGUGUGGAAACAAAUAUGUUGAAAGAAGUUCAUAGUCUUGUGUCAUAUUUCUACAGGUCAAUCUCAAAUUUUUACUUAAGAAUUCAGAAUACUGCUAGUUUAUGUAAUUCACUGUUUAAACAUUAAACCUUUAUUAAAAGUAGUAUGUAAUAGAAUGCCUAGUAUGUUUAUGACUAACUGACUGACUGGCAAAA